AUGGAUGUGCUGAGAAGAGGCGACACGCUAAACCCGAAGGUUAAAAGGAGUAGGAGCAUAAUCCAAAGGGACGAAAGAAACCAGGAGCAGGGCAGCGGGGGGAAUCAUCACCAACUCGUGAUUUAUGGGAAUUCUUUCAAAAACAAUUCGCUAGGCUACGCAUGGAAUGCAUACUUUGAUAAGAACAAAAUAAAGAAGAAUAUUAUGGUAUGCUGUGAUUUAAGCAAGAUUUGCGAUGACAUCUUAAAAGGAGUAGAGAACAACAGCUUGACUAUUAAAACGUUUUCCUUUCUGCUCAUUGGGGUGUGUAACAUAUACAAAAAGAAGGUGUAUUUUAUCGGUCAAGAUUACGAUUUUUUAAAAAGGAAGAUCCUGUCUCUGUACAAAAAUAAGGACAAUGAAUUGAACGACUUGACGGUAACUGGUAAGGAUUCCAAGAGGAGAAAGUUAGGAAAAGACAACGAAGAUGAUAGUAACAAAAGCGGAAGUAAAAAGAGGCUAAAUAGAAAUUCACUCAAUAUAAAGAGGGGUUCCAUUGGCUUGAACGAACUAAUCCCAUCCGUAAUUGAAAAUUUUACGGGAAGGAAAUCUCGCUUUUCUCUGAACGCUGAUGAGAUAAGUAUUGCCGGGACAGAGCACAACAGUUACAAUGACAUGUUUAACGAGAACGAAAUGAAUAAUCAGAUGCUUCUGGAGAUUUCCGGCCUGAACUACCUGAACUUUGACCACGAAAAUGAAAACACCGAGAAUGACAAUGGUAAUGAUCAUCGUAAUAGUAAUAGCGGUAUUAAUAAUAACUACAUGGGUGGAAAUCAUGGAAGCGCCAGCCACCGUAGUAGUGUUCACAGCAGUAUGGGUCACUACCACGACAUGGAGAAGGCAUUAGAGGGGUCGUACAUUUCUAGGAAUAGCAUCCCGAUGAACAACUUUGAUGGGCUGCAUCUGAAUAGGACGCUAUCCGAGUCGUUUCACAACCCCAUGGAUAAUUUGAACUUGGAAAAUUCUAUAUUGAACAAUAUGAUUCCGAAGAACAUGUUUUCUAAUUUGGAAAAUUCCAUGAAUGAGCGGGGCAGCAUGAUGGGUGAAUUUAACGACUUGGAGCUUAACUCGGUCCACAGGAGUGACGGGUUGGGCUCUAUGAAUCGGUUCAACGAUGGUGUGGAUAGAGGUGACAAUUCUGGAGUGAACCCCGAUGGGAGUACAGAGAAAAGGAACCUCCAGAAUGAAUUCGCCAAUGUGGGAGGCGCACAAGGAUUUCACCAUCCCUCUGCAAUCUUGAACGUACAGGGAAAUGAAAACGGAAAGGGGGUAAACCCAAAUGAUGGCAAUCCGGAUGGCAAUCCAUAUGGAAAUCCGUUUAGUAACAACUUGAACGGGAUGACGAGCACAUCUAUGAAUUUCCCAAACAUGCCGUACAACGUGUCUCCAGGGAGCAACCAUUUUAUGGGAAGGUACCAUACCAUGAAUGCUUCUAUGCAUAACAGAAACGACCUGUACAAUUUGAAUCCAUUUAUGAGCAUGCAUUCAAUGAAUAACAAUAAUAUGGACGGUAGAAAUAGUUAUGCUCCCUACGCCCAAAGGAUUCCAAAUCAUAACACUUUUGGAGACUUAGAUGUGAUGAGUAACGUGAUGGUGGGUAGCAUGUUCACUCCCCAGAAGAAGAGAAACUUGUCCAAGAAGAAUGCCUACUUGGGAGCCCUAAACUUUGAGUCUUAUCAGAAUUUUGAUUAUUUCCAUCAGAAGGAUGACGAUGCUUUUAUUAAAAAGUUGAACACGCUGCUCGGGUUGGAUGAUGAUGAUGAGGGAGAAGCAGAACAGAGGGGAAAGAACCAUCGAGAUGAUGGGAAAGGGGGUGAAGAGGGAGAAGAAGAGGAUGACGUGCAUUUAGUAGGGCAAGGGGAUAAUGGAAAGAGGGGACCUACAAUCGAGGGAGGGGUGAGCAACUCCAAAACGGGAGAAAAUGACAAAUGUGUAAAUAACCAAAUAGUUCUGAACGAUGAGGGGGAGAAGGAAAAAGACAAAGAGGGAGGUUCUUCUGCCCUGAAUGGAUCCGGCACAAAUCAGCUGGUAGGGAAGAAAAGAAAACUAGAAAAACACAUUAUUGAUAAGAAUUAUAUGAUAAAGGAUGCGAUGAUGAGGGGGAUGCUGAGAAACGAAAGCGUAGACUACAAACAUUUCCUAAUCGACACAAUAAAUAACGAAAUAAAUGAGAAGAUGCAGAAGGAGUAUCCGUCCUUUCAACAUUUCUUCUUGCACAGCAACACCGAUAAGGUAAGAAUUGUCCACAAGUUGGAAAUAAAUUUUGGGUACGAAUCUCAGGAUUGUGAGAAGAAGAGAAAAACUCUCGAAAAUUAUUUAACCUGCUCAGUGGGUAACAAGUCCUUUUUAUAUGAAAAUAAAAACGUGUUUGAUCACUUUAGUAUAAAGAAAUGUCUGGAUAAUAUCGAAGAGAGUAUGGCAUCGAAUGAGAACGAGACGUUGUCAAACCACUUCUUAUCAUUUGACGGGGAACACGAAGUAGGGACGAUGAAAAGUGACAACCAUAUGAUGCAUUUCGAGGAGGUGCGAGAGCAGAUUGAUGGAAUGCAAUUUGACCUACCGAAUGAGAACCACAUAAAUGAGUACAGAAAUCGCUUCAGCAUCGAUCCGUCUCUAUCACAGCACGAGCAGAUCGACCUAAAUUUGAACGAUCUAAAUAUGAAAGAUUUGAGUAUUAACGAUUUGAAUGUCAACGAUUUGAAUGUCAACGAUUUGAAUGUCAACGAUUUGAAUGUCAACGAUUUGAGUGUCAACGAUAUGAGUGUAAACGAUUUGAGUAUUAACGAUAUGAAUAUUAAGGACUACAUGGGUUCUAGAUUGCACCUGGAUAGUCAAAUAUCCAAAAGUUUGGUGCCUUACGGAGAAAAUGGUAGCGUGGAGAAAAAUGACGAAUUAGCAGUGAAUGGCAAUUUCCUAAAUGACCGACUCAAUUCUGAAUUCACCCCCUCGUCGGCUUCCCCCCACCUCCUCGAUUUGUCCAUGAACUCGAAUUAUAACUUCUCCGAUGUUUUCACAAAGGACAAUGAAAGUUCAUUUUUGGAUGAUAAGAGUGUACAAGUGGAAAUAAAUCUGAACCAAGACUUUGACUUAAUUGCCAAGGAGUUACUGGAGGUGUACAAGAAUUUAUCGACAAAAAUUAAUUACAUCUUUUUCGAUCUCAUUACGAAGAAUAGACAAUCCAAGGAUGAAGUAGCUGUUUUGUUUUACAUCACUUUGCACUUGGCAAAUUUGGGGUACAUAAACAUAGUGCAGAAGCCGAUUCUUGCGGAGCAGCUCAGUUCCUAUGGGGAGAAUUCCUCGAGGCCGAUCCUCAUUCAGUACAUGGGUCAAAGGGACGACUGA